GCAAAGCAGCAAACACACUCAAAAAAAUCCCUCUUUCGUAAUAUCAACGAAAAACGAUGUCGAACUCUCAGCAAAUGUUCCAAUCCGGCGAAGCCCGUGGUCACGCAGCGGCUAAGACGGACCAAAUGACGCAGUCGGCUAAGAAUACGGCAAAUACGGCCCAAGAGAAGGCAAGCAAUGCUGCCCAAUCUGCUAAGGAGUCUGCCCAGCAGGGAAAGGAGUCUACCCAAGGAUUUUUACAGCAGACUGGGGAGCAAGUGAUGAACAUGGCCCAAGGUGCUGUGGACAGCGUGAAGAGCACUCUAGGAGUGGGUGAAUCCCAGACCAAGAAAUGAAAGGCCCAAUUCAACUCUCUCUCUUUCUCUCAUGUUUUUACUAGUUGUUCUUAUUUUUUAUAAUAAUAAAUAUAGUAUUUUAUAAUUAUCAAUAAUACUAUUAUUAUUUGUUAUUGUU